AUGGAAGCGUCCAUUAUCGCUACGUCUAACGUGACCAAUAUUGUCGAGUGCAUAUUAGAAUUGGUGUCCAAUUCUUUAAAUGCUAAUGCUACGUCAAUCGCAAUACGAAUUCACGGGGUGGAACGUAAAAUUCAAGUGAUAGACAACGGCGUAGGUAUUCAUAGGAAACAUUUAGAAAUAAUCGCAGAAUACAAUGGUCAAAGUUUUUUGAAUUGUUGGAAUAUGCAAGAUAUUUGUAAUCAGAGAAAGCAGACACUUAUAAAUAUUCGUAAAUUGUCUGAUGCUAUGUUAAUUACGUCUCGAUACUAUAAUUCAUCGAAAACGUAUCUAAAGGUUUUCAAAAUAUGUCAUGAUACAAAUAUUGUUAAAAUUGAAAGGAGACCCUCACAGGGUACUACAGUUAGCAUUUAUGGAUUACAUGAAUUAUCAUUAAAAAAAUGGGACAUACCUACCAUGUAUUAUUUAGUUGCAAAUAUUGCCAUAGUGAAUCCACAAGUUUCAUUUUCUAUCAGAGAUGAUCAUAAAAAAGAAGUUAUCAUGAUAAUUACUAAACCACAUGAUCCAAUAAAUAUUUUCAAAUUGUUGUACAAUAGAGAAGUACUGCUUCGUGAAAUAUGGUGUAUAAAAUGUACAAGAAAAUCUGAUAUUAAGUUCUGUGCUUAUAUCGGAUUAGCUGAUGUUAAUUUUGCAGCUAUGCAAAAUAUGUUUUUAAAUAACAAACCUGUUCAUUGUCCUUUGAUUCUGCAAGUAGUUUCAGCUACAUUUAUGAACUCCUUACAACUGUUUAAAAAGAUUCAAUAUGAACAGUUUCUAAAGAGAGACAAUGUUUUUAUUUUACUGUACAUUUGGUGUACAGAAUAUAUCUUUACAAUAGAAAAUGGGAAAAGAACUUUGAUUCUACCUAAUGUUCAAAGUUUAUUACAAAAUAUUAAAAGCAAGAUACUGAAUAUUUUUACAAAGAACAAUAUGCCUUUGUCUAUCUGUGAUUCAAAGUGAUUAAAAAAUAAUGUAACACAUUUUGCAGCAAAUAUCACUCAAUUAUUCACACCUGUUUCACAAAUUAACAAAGAGACCAUUAUAUUGACUCUUUCUGAGUGGUCCAACUGGUCUUACAGAAAUACCUCUAACAUGAAACAAUUUAGAAACAAAUCCUUGACAUUUUACAAACACUUUGACUUCUUGCCAAAGAAAUUACAUAAACUAUUACGUGGUAAUACCAAGUUAACAAAAACUGGUAUUCUAAAUGAAUGCAUUGGAAGUGCAUUUUCAAGAAAAUUGAAAUCUGGUCUCCAUAUUCCAGAUAUUUUGCCUCAUCAAGAAAUUGAUGUCCGUUCGUGUAAAACUGUUAGGCAAUUCCGCGAAUUUAAAUUGAACAAAGAACACUUAAAAUUUAUAAGAAUACUAGGUCAAAUGAACAAUGAAAUGAUAGCAGGAUUGAUAAUUAAGGAUGAUAUAAGAAUGUUAUUAAUAAUGGAUCAACAUGCAAUUCAUGAAAGGAUAAGAUAUGAACAUUUGCUUUAUAAAUACAAGUCACAAAUAAGAAACCAACUGUUCUCUAUUAAAUUAAAAGAUCCUAUCACUAUAGAAUUAUCCGUAGAUAGUUGUAAUCUGCUCCUAUCCAAUAAAGUGGCACUAAAAAAAUAUGGUGUAACUUUCAAUGUGAUAAAUAAUGAUACUGCAAUAGUAAGUGCAAUACCAGAAUGUUUAAAAAAGAACAAAUACCACUAUGAUGAAAUAAAAUUAAAGAUAAAUGUAGCGAAUCUUUUGACUGAAUUGCUACAAAGUUUUACAAUUUAUGGAAGCUAUCAAAGCAAUAAUCUGCCACUUACCAUUCUCAAUGCAAUUGCAAUGGAAGCUUGCCACGGAGCUAUAAAAUUUGGUGAUCCACUGACAUUAAAAGAUUGUAAAUGGCUCUUGAAAUUAUUAAGCCAGACAAAAAUUCCUACUCAAUGUGCUCAUGGCAGACCAUCCAUAGUGCCUUUAUUAGAACUAACAGAUUCGGAAAAACGGUAUAAAAAGAUCGUCCAGGUAGCCAACACAUAUUUUAAAACAAAAAUACUUAUUAUUUAUAAAUUCAUUUGCUUAAAAGAAUUCAGAUCUUGCUCUUGUAUAUAUUUAUUCAAAUCAUGCAACCAACCAUCUCAGAAGAAUUGCACAAGCUGUUAA